UAGUGAUUGCACUUAUCAAACACAAAUGGAACAGUCUCGGGAGAUACGUCUACUAUUUAGGUUUGAUAGUUUAUACUGUUUUCAUGGUUCUUUUUACUCUCUUCAUCACUUAUACUCCUGCCCCUUUCAAUGUGUACGACGCAGAUAAGGACAUAAUGGUCGACUUUAGCGCAUAUCUCUAUGCGAAAAAUGCUACAUGCGAGGAAGUUAAACUGGUACGAAAGAAUUGGCUGAUAGAAAUCAAGUGGGCAGUGAUCGGUUUAGCCAUCGCCCAGCUACUCAAGGAAUUGUUCCAAAUGUUCACACGACGCCUCAGAUAUAUCUCUUUGGACAACGCCAUCGAGUGUUUCGUAUACUCAUCAGCGAUUAUUGUAGUGUCAGAUAUAUCGCCAUGCUCUGAAAAGACUGGACUGAGGAUGAAUUGGCAAUGGUAUCUUGCGGCCGUCUGCGCAUUUUUAUCUUGGAUGAAUUUGCUGCUUCUCAUUCGGAAACUGCCAAGAUUUGGGAUCUACGUUGUAAUGUUCUUCGAUAUCCUUCGAACAUUCUCACGCUUCUUCAUCAUCUUCGUGCUUUUUGUCGUUGCCUUCAGCAUUGCAUUUUUCGUUAUCAUGCAAAAUAGGCCUGAAUUCUCAACCGUAUCUUCGGCUGUGCUAAAAACUACCGUAAUGAUGAUUGGUGAAUUGGAAUUCACCGCAAUUUUUCACGGCGAUAUGCAUGUGCAUCCGGAACGACUAUUUGGCCCUGAACUCGCUUAUCCGCUGUUCUCCUUCUUCUGCGUCAUUAUGACUAUACUUUUGAUGAACUUGCUGGUUGGUUUGGCUGUAGACGACAUCAAGUCUGUGCAAGACAAAGCUGAAUUGAAACGACUGAGUAUGCAGGUGGAUCUCGUAUUACAAGUGGAAGCAUCGAUGCCAUAUAUCCGCAAGUUGACAACGCGCUCGCACUAUUCUACCCAAUCAGGCCUUGUCAGCUGGUGGAAAAAAUUAAGCACUCGAUUCGGUUUCAACUACACCGAAAAGGAAGAGGACCUUGACACAGUAGACAAAAACUUAUCACUUGAACCCAUGUUCGAGCAGCUUCAUCAACUACAGAAAAAUAUUGACAACCUUUAUGAACGCCAAGUUCGAACCGAGGCCAUGGUCCGCAAAGUACUAGAACACAACAAAAUAGACUACGAGGAAGUCGACUCAGAUAAGUCGGCUCGAUGA